CGAUCUGCCUUGGAGCCGGGGCCCAGGGUCUCCCCGGCCUGCCUGCCUCCCUCCCUGACGUCGUCGGGGCCCAUUGUGAGCCUGGCCUUGGCCCGGGGGGGGGGUCUCCGGGACUCCCGGGGCUCCUCCUGGCUGGCCCUGGCCGGGGGAAGGGAGGGAGGGAGGAUGUCGGCUGGCGGCGGCUGCGAGGGCGGCGCUGCUCCCGGCGGGGAGGGCCUGCUGCAGCGGACGCAGGUGGUGCUUCUCUCGGGGGAGCCCUGGGGGCUGGAGGGCGGCCAGACGGUGCUCGGCUCCUUCGCCCAGCGGCCCCUGGGCGCCUCCUCCCCUGGUGCUGCUGGUGCUGCUGCUGGUGGGGGGCAGCUGGUCUUCUUCCUCUGCCGGGCCUCCUCCCUGGGCGGCGCCUGCCCUCCUCCGUCCCGCCUGCGGGAGGCGCUGGAGGGGCUGCGGGCCCAGCUGCGAGGCUCGCCUCCCUCGGUGCUGGUCGGGGUGGUGGUCCAGCCCCCUCCGGAGCAGGAGGCCCAGGCCCUGCAGCGCCUCCAGGGCCUCCUCCGGGAGACCUUCCCCGAAGGCCAGCAGGGCCCCGAGCUCCACGCCGCCCUCUUCGCCCCCGGAAGGCCCCAGGGCGCCCUCCGCAUCCAGCGCCUGGCACCCCCCGACGACGGACCCCGGCCCCGGGACCACGCCAGGACUCUGUGGCCAGACAAGUCCCUCCUGAUGCAAGUCUUAGGAGCAGCCCUCUCCUUUGGGACCAUAGCCUACGGCAGCUACUACUUCUACAGCCACCCUCCCUUGUGAAAGGGGCUCCUCCGCCUCUCCCCUCCUCCUCCUGCUCAGAGAUCUCUUCCUCGUCUGGAGUUUGAUCUGUCAUCCAAAAUAAACCUUUUAAAAAAGAGAGACCAAUGGUCUGUAGGGAUAAAUGGACCUGGGAUGCUCUCCUUCCGUGGCCAGAGUCCCACCAGGAGGGAUGCUGAGGGUCAGGGGGGCUCAGCUGGCAUGGAGCCACGGGAUUUGAGGUUGCCAACGCCCAACCGGAGGACGGAGGACUCAGGAAGAGCCCCUCGGGCCUGGAAGAAUGGGCAAAAUGGCUACCAAACAGCCUUCAGCACGAGUUUCUUUUUCCCACAUAGUUCAAUGGGUGUCCUUUGGGGCUCCUCCAUGUGGUCCACAAGCAUCACUUCCACCUGCUUCCUGCUCUAACUGCUAGGCAGGCUGGACAUCAGGUGGCUCUUGGGAGUUGUCAUCCAGCACAUGAUGAGGAUAAAUGAUGGUUAACUUUACUCAUGCCCUGCCUUUGCCCCCAAAGUGGGGCUCAAGGUGGCUUACUACU